AUGUCUGCACAGAACGACAGCCGAUACGACCCUUACAUUCCUUCGGGAAAUGCCAGCUCUGAUCCUUCGGGCGGCGGAGCCAACUUCUCCAACUCCAAGACGGCUCGUAUCCACUCCGAGAUCGACAACACGAUCUCGAUCAUGCGCGACAACAUCAACAAGGUCAACGAGCGUGGCGAAAACCUCAACAGCCUUCAGGACAAGACUGAUAACCUCGCUGUCUCCGCCCAGGGUUUCCGACGAGGUGCCAACCGUGUACGCAAGCAAAUGUGGUGGAAGGACAUGAAGAUGCGAAUCAUCAUCGGUAUCGGCAUCGUCAUCCUUCUUUGCGUUAUCAUCAUCCCCAUCGUCGUGAAGCACUGA